AUGGAUUCCUGCUCCUGGACGUUGAUCGGCACUUCUCCGAGCUCAAACUGGCCUCCAAUGGUGUUGAAGAUCAAGCUAGGGCACUUGGAGACUCUUGUUCGUCGCUUUCUCUCUCUAGGAAUCGCUCUAUCUCUCUCAAAACUCCAAUCCCCUUCUGUUUGGCUGAAAAUCUGCUUAAAAGGGCAUCAGUGGCCAAAGCACGGUCGAGGGCACGGCCGUGCUUUGCCUCAGCCCGCCCGUGCUUUGGCUAGGGUUAAUUACACGGCCAGUGCGUUGGGGGAAACACGGGCGUGUUUGAUGAUGGACACGGCCGUGCUUGUGGUGGCCACGGCCGUGCUUUGUCUAAGCCCUGCCCAUGUUUUUAGCGAAUGUUUGCCAAACUCGAAUUUGCUCUCGGCAGUAAAAGCACGGCCACAGAACACGACUGUGUUCUGUUUUAGGUGUGCCCGUGUUUUGGCUCCAGCUCGACGAAAUGACUUCCGAAUUCCCCGAAACUCGUGCUUAGCCUUUCCUUUGACGCAUGGGACCUGA